GCCGGGCGUCGCGGCGCAGCGUGCGGGCCAGUCGCCCUCCAGCCACCGCCCCAGUUACGACCUGAGCGACAUUUCCGGCGUGCUUAACUCUUUUCUGGUCCGGUUUCCUUCUUCUCGUCCUUCCAAGCCCGCGUCUCUCAGUCUCGCGCGCCCGAUCCCGUCGCCGAGAUCCGCGAGACCUCCCGCGUAACAACAUUCCCCUCGUACGAAACGAAACGACAAUAUGCUGAUCGGUCUCGUGCGCGACUCGGUGCUCCAGUGCUUCUGUCACAGCUGCAAGGCCCCGCUGAACGUCGUAGCGGGACAGAGACGGAAUAAUGCGCCGUUUAAGAAGCCGAGCGGCAAGGGCAAGCCGCGGACCAAGCAGCCGAAAAAGGUGAAGUUCAUCACGACCGAGAUUCGAUGCCAGGAGAAGUCCAAGGGCGGACUAUGCUACGAGGUGAUCCUGGCGGAGCCGACGGUGCCUAAGAGAGCUCCUUCGCCGCCGCAGCAGAGCCCGACGCAGCAGACCGCGAUCGAGGACAAGUUGAAGGCCGCCGAGGAGCGAAGACUGUCUAUCGAGGCGCACAAGCUCGCUGCUCUCGCCGCUAAGCUCAGCAAGAUCGAGGAAGCGUCCCGCAAGAAGGACGAGCUCAGCGCGGCCUUUAUCGCCGCCACCCGCGAGUCCUUGGACGCGAAAAUGAACAACACGGAAGAGAAGCGAGAGGCCCACAUCGCCGAGCUGAAGAACAAACUGAAGGAGCAUUUGGAGAGUGUUGAGAAGACUCGCCUGAGCCUCGAGCAACAAACCGAGGAAGUGCGAUGCGCCGUCGAGGAGAAACUGAAGACUGCCGCGGCUCAGCGUGACGAAAAUAUCAAGAGAAUGCUGGAUCGUCUCAAGGAGCAUGAAGAGCAGGUAGCUCGCGUACGUCAAGGUAUGUCGGAGCGCGUGCAGCAGUUGGAGUCCCAAAUCCAGGGCAAGUUGGAGCAGGCACGUGAACGUCGCGAGAGCAUCGAGCGCGAGCAGAAGGAGAAGCUACGCAAUCAUGAGAGGCGCGCCGAAAUCGUAAGACAAAAUAAGAAGGAGCGUAAGGAUGGUAAUCCUACAGAGUUAUCGCAUCCAAUGCCGGUGGAGAACGAGACCGCCAGUUCCGGCUAAGUGUCAGGCGCUCUCUUCAAGGCCGUUCGAACGCCCUGCAAAGCUCUGUUUCGCUUUGUGCCAUUAUUUUCUGACUCGAAAUAAAACGGGAGAUCGAUCGCCGCGCAUCAGACAUGUUCGCAUUUCGAGGGAAAGAGGUAGAGGGAACCGGAUCGUUUCUCCUUGCGGUUCCUGAAUGUCGCAUGGACAAUACUGCCUUCAUCACGUUGCUACCACUUCGUCAACGUUCCGCAUUGAAAGAAUGUAUGGUUUCCUGAAAUUUUCGAAGGAAAAAGCGAGGGUACUCAACUAUUUUGAGGAGGUUGUUGCGAAAGUUUGAUUCGGCUUUACAUAUGAGAGAGUUAUAGGCGUUAAGAUAUGGGACCUAGUUCUAGAAUCGGAAAAAACGUAAGAAUUAAAAGAAUUAUUACAAGAUUGAGCUAUUCAAAGAUUUAGAAGAGUUCAAGAUUGUCAAAAUUCAAGAACUUUUUUCUAUUUUUUUACUCAUUAAAAAUAUAGAAAUUACAAGAGUCUACGAUACUGUAAUAUCGAUAUAUUCCAAGAUCAAGAUAUCGAGAAUUUGUAAAAACUAGAAACUUUUUUACAAGAUUAUUAUAAGAGUCUAUGAAAAGGCCAAAGAACUCUCGCAGCAACCCGAAGAAAAUAUGUUCCAGAGAAAUACACAAUUUUUUUACAUAAAAUAUAAUUCAAGAUGAAAUUAAAAAUCAGAUUUUAAAGCGCGUUUAAGGGAUUCAACCUUGGCCUUUAUUAAUACUACAAAAUACAAUAAUAUGCUAAUAAUAAUAAUAGAAAUCUUUAUUUUUUAUUUUGAUCGAUUGACUACAAAUAUAUCCAAGGAAAAACAAAAAAAAAUACAAAGAUGCUCUUUUUAAUCCGUUCAUAUGGAUUUUUGCGCGUUGACUAAUUAGAUUCGUCUUCUUUUUUAAUAUUAAUCUUGUUAAUCUUGUUCUCAAUGGGAAAAAAGUAUAAAGUAUGAGAAAAGACCGCUACGAUGGCUAACGAUCGAUUAACCGUGAUUAUCGGCUGUUCAUUUUGAAUCGCAACACAAUGCAUCGUUUCCCGGAGAUUUAGUUUGAGAGAGAUUAAUGGAUUAUUAUAAAUCUAUCACUAUCGCUACAACUUAGGUACUAAAUGAUGCGACUGCAGCUUUGUGUGUGCGUGUACACACACAAGAGGAUAUAUGUGCGCGCGAUGUGUUAAGCACACUCAUGAUUAUAUAUAUAAUAGACAUACAAUUAUAAUGAUAUAUUAAUGAUAAUAAUAAUACAAUAAUGAUAAUAGUGCUUUAUACUAGGCUUGAAAAACUUGAGAAAACAUUUUGUACUCAUUGUAAUAUUACUGCGCUAACCAAAAUGAGAUAACACUCACACGAGAAAUGUAGUCUAACGAAAUAUGAUAUAAUGUGACGCUUC